UUAUAAGUGCAUUCUAAUUUUGUGUAAAUAUUUAUUAUUUCCAGACGAUGUUUUGACAUGUUACUCACAGGUACUUCAACUGCCACAACUCAAAUUCAUUAUGUCACGAGGAGGACUCAACCUUAAAGCUACUUCCAUUCUUGCGCUGCUGAUUUUUGCUGGUGUUAUUGUGGUCUACCGGAUUUCAGCACAAACGGACAAGGAAGUCGACAGAGGUGUACCGGAAGACACGCUUAGUUUAGAGAAAGAUCGGGUUGCGUCAGUCCAGUCAACUCCAACAAAGUGUCAGAAUAGUGUUGAACUUAAAAACGUAUACAGCCGCGAUUCCACAAAAUGGACGCUUAAUGAACACGUUUGCAAAGAAUGUCAUGAUUUCCCUAAAGCGACAUUGAAAACGCAGUUUGGAGAUACUCCAAUAUUUAUAUAUCCAAGUGAAAAUGACGUUUGGGUUUCAGGAGUUAUUAAAAAUACAGGUAAAUUCGAGGCCGAUAAAACUAACGGAAUUGCAGCUUUACUGAAAGCCGAUUCAAAAAUGAAUUUAAUAGAUAUUGGUGCUAAUAUAGGCGUACAUACUUUAGCUAUAGCGAAAAUGGGUAGGAAAGUGAUAGCCGUGGAAGCAUUAGACAAAAACGUCCAGCAUCUUUGUGCAUCCGUCGCCGCAGGAAAUCUGCAACGUGACGUCACUAUCGUACAUAAUGCAAUAUCAGAUGGACAUACGAGGGUCAAACUUGGAAUAGACAAGAAUAAUAUGGGAGGCACAUACGUGGAUGUGGAUUCAAAACACAUAAAGGAGCUGAAGGAGGGUCGCGCUCAGGGUAGCUAUGGGGAGGUGGACACAAUUACUAUGGACGACCUCAUUGAUCUUCCGGCUUUUAAAGAUUUUUCUAAGGUCAUUGUAAAAAUGGAUAUUGAGGGAUUUGAACAUAAAGCUGUAGCUAAAUCUGACAAGUUCUUCAAAGCUGUAGACGUACAAGGUUUCGUGAUGGAAUGGGAGUUCCACAGGAAGAUGGAGUCAGGGGUCGAUAUAUUAAAACGCAUGAAAGACUUAAAAUUUGAACCGUUUCGUGUCGAAAAUCCUACUGCGCGGCUAUCGAUCGAAUCAAGUGAUUCAUGGCCAUACGAUGUUCUUUGGCGUCCUGUGAAAUGAAUGUGAUAUAUAUACUUUGAAUAUGUUCUCAUAUUUAAGAACAGGGACAAAUUGUAGGAUCACAAAAUGUAGAUGUCAACUGCAUAUGUUUAUCUUGCUCAGUUAUCUAUUUUGUGCUUCACAGAAUUCUUGUAGAAUAUGUUCAUACAAAUGUCUAUAAGAACGCACAAGCGUAUACAAUCGUCAUACAAGCUACCAUGCUCUUUUAUUCAAGCUGCCGUGCUCUUUUAUUCAUAUUGAAUAUCAAAUGUUUCUUUUUAUCGUUUGUUAAAAAUCAUUCAUUCAUUAUAUCCAAUAUUAUACCUGUGAGAACAGUCGAUGGAACAUGCAUGCAUUAGAUUAUGUCAUAGUUUGGAAAAACAUACCAAAUAUCUAUAUCCUACAUACACAUAAUACACUAUGCUAUCAGCAACAACGGCUUGAUAUUAUUUACUGAAAUAACCUUUUGAAUAUGUGAAAGUGGCUAUUGACGAAGACAAAAAUACGUUUCCUGGAAAAAAAACCGUGAUAAUGUUUCGUUAUUAUACUGACCGUGGUGUCACUACCAGACAAAGUAAACCUGAGAACAGUUGG